AUGCUCCAUCAUCGCCUCCCAACUCGCACACAACGCCUCCUCAACCCUCAACAUCACCGCGCUAAACCACGUCUACAUGGGUUCGACCCCAGCAACGUACGAAUAAACAACGAACCCUCCUACAUCCGUCCGCAGUCCAACGCCGCCGACACAGAAACAUUGGUCUGGCUCGACACCGCGGAAUCCAACACCACGCAUCUCGGCCAGACGGUGCGCAUGUGCCAUAACUUCGUGCCGCUGCAGGUUGGCCGGAAUUUGACACGGAGUAAAGAGAUGCUGGAGAAGAGCGCGCAGUAUUUGAACGCGGCGAGCGGGGAAAGGAGUGAGUAUAGCGUGUUUAGGGAGACGAAUAACACAGUGCCGUGGGAGUGUGAGGGGAGUGGAAUGGUGAAACCGGUUAGUCGUCCCAACAACUCCACCGCCCUCCUCGAAGACCCGCUCACCUGCGGCGUGCGCAACUUCAGCCGCGAGUUCGGCACGUUCGCAUCGGUUCAGAACUACGAUUUCGGAACGAACUUCCCAUUGAUGGAUAUCAUGACCUUCUUUCCGACGAUCGAGCAGGGACGCACGUUCAGAGAAGACAUGCCAAGGGUUCAGAUUGCAUGUCUCGUGCCGGGGCAGGUGACGGAGGGGGGUAGAGAGAAGGCGAGUGUGCAGAGUGUGUUGGAGAGGUAUAAUAGUAUGGGUGGUAAUCGAACGGGUGGGGCUCAAGCUAUAGAUGGGCUGUCGACGUGGAGGCUGUUCGCUUGGGUGGUCUGUAUGAGUCUCGUGUUCGCGGUCUAA